AUGUCUUCAGGCCGAUAUUUUUGCUUACUUUUAAGAUUUCCUUUCGUUUCUGUUAAAUUUAGUGGAAUCAUAUCUAUCUAUCUAUCUAUCUAUCUAUCUAUCUAUCUAUCUAUCUAUCUAUCUAUCUAUCUCAUUCUAUUUCCAUCUUUCUUCCCAACUAUCUUUCUCAUACUUUUUCUAUCUAUUUCAUCUUCUUUCUUUCUAUAUUAUUCUUUUUCUUUCUUUCUUUCUUUCUUUCUUUCUUUCUUUCUUUCUUUCUUUCUUUCGCAUUUUUUUAUCUAUCUAUCAAUCUAUCAUUCUCAUUCUUUCCUUCUUUUUUUCUUUCUUUCUUUCUAUGUCAUCUAUCUAUCUAUCUAUCUAUCUAUCUCAUUCUUUUUCUUUCUUUCUUUCUUUCUUUCUUUCUUUCUUUCUUUCUUUCUUUCUUUCUAUCUACUUACCUACCUACCUACAUACCUAUCUCAUCUUUUUUCUACCUAUCUCAUUCUCUUUCUUUCUAUCUCAUUCUUUUUCUUUCUUUCUUUCUUUCUUUCUUUCUUUCUUUCUAUAUCUAUCUAUCAAUCUCAUACUUUUCUUUCUAUCUAUCUAUCUAUCUAUCUAUCUAUCUAUCUAUCUAUCUAUCUAUCUCAUUCUUUUUCUAUCUAUCUAUCUAUCUAUCUAUCUAUCUAUCUAUCUAUCUAUCUAUCUAUCUCAUUCUUUUUCUCUAUCUAUCUAUCUAUCUAUCUAUCUAUCUAUCUAUCUAUCUAUCUAUCUCAUUCUUUUCCUAUCUAUCUAUCUAUCUAUCUAUCUAUCUAUCUAUCUAUCUAUCUAUCUAUCUAUCUAUCUCAGUCUGUUCAUAUCUAUCUAUCUAUCUAUCUAUCUAUCUAUCUAUCUAUCUAUCUAUCUAUCUAUCUAUCUAUCUAUCGCAUUCUAUUUCCAUCUUCCCAACUAUCUUUCUCAUACUUUUUCUAUCUAUUUCAUCUUCUUUCUUUCUAUAUUAUUCUUUUUCUUUCUUUCUUUCUUUCUUUCUUUCUUUCUUUCUUUCUUUCUUUCUUUCUUUCUUUCUUUCUUUCUAUGUCAUCUAUCUAUCUAUCUAUCUAUCUCAUUCUUUUUUUCUUUCUUUCUUUCUUUCUUUCUUUCUUUCUUUCUUUCUUUCUUUCUUUCUUUCUUUCUUUCUACCUACCUACCUACCUACCUACCUACUUACAUAGCUAUCUCAUCUUUUUCUAUCUAUUUCAUCCUCUUUCUUUCUAUCUCAUUCUUUUUUCUUUCUUUCUUUCUUUCUUUAUCUAUCUAUCUAUCUAUCUAUCUAUCUAUCUAUCUAUCUCAUCCAUUCUCUUUCUCUCUUACUGUCUAUGUAUGUAUUUAUCAUAUUCUUAUUAUAUCUAUCUAUAUAUCUAUCUAGUUCCUGUUCUCCCCUCCUUUACGGCCCUAUUACGUUCGAUAUUCUUCUCUCUCUCUCUCUUUCUUUCUUUCUUUCUUUCAUUUUUCAUUUCUUUCAUUCAUUCUUUCUUCCUUUCUUUCUUUCUUUCUUUCAUUUUUUCGUUCAUUCUUCCGUUCUUUUUUCAUUCUUUCUUUUAUUUUUUCUUUCAUUCUUUCUUACUUUUUAAUUUUCAUUCGUUCUUUUUACCUUUCUUUCUCUCAUUUUUUCUUUCAUUUUUUCUUUCAUUCUAUUUUUUCUUUCAUUUUUUCUUUCUUUUUAUUUUUCAUUCGUUCUUUCUUUUUACCUUUCUUUCUUUUAUUCUUUCUUUCUUUCAUUUUUUCUUUCAUUCUUCCUUUCAUUCGUUCUUUUAUUUUUUCUUUCAUUGCUUCCUUCUCUUUAUUUUUCCUUCUUUCUUUCUUUCUAUCUUUCUUGCUUCCAUUCUUUCUUUCUUUUUAUCUUUCAUUCUUUCUUUCUUUCUUUCUUUCUUUCUUUUUUUCAUUCAUUCUUUCUUUCUUUCUUUCUUUUUUUCAUUCAUUCUUUCUUUCUUUCUUUUUUCAUUCAUUCUUUCUUUCUUUUUUUCAUUCAAUCUUUCUUUCUUUCUUUCUUUCUUUCUUUCAUUCAUUCUUUCUUUCUUUCUUUCUUUCUUUUUUUCAUUCAUUCAUUCUUUCUUUCUUUCUUUUUUCAUUCUUUCUUUCUUUCUUUCUUUCUUUCCAUUUAUCAAUUCUUUCUUUCUCUUUUCUUUCUUUCUCUUUUCUUUCUUUCUCUUUUUUCUUUCUUUCUUUCUUUCUUUCUUUCAUAUUACCAUUCGGUCUAUCUGUCUGUCUGUCUGUCUUUCUUUCUUUCUUUCUUUCUUUCUUUCUUUCUUUCUUUCUAUUUAUCUCGGUCGAUCUGUCUGUCUGUCAUCUUUUCUUUCUUUCGUUCUUUCUUUCUUUCUUUCUUUCUUUCUUUCUUUCUUUCUUUCUUUUAAUCAAAACAGUAAAAUACUAAAUAUUCAUAUAACUUUGAACGAUCUAUCUAUCUAUCUAUCUAUCUAUCUAUCUAUCUAUCUAUCACACUCUGUUCAUAUCUAUCUAUCUAUCUAUCUAUCUAUCUAUCUAUCUAUCUAUCUAUCUAUCUAUCUAUCACACUCUGUUCAUAUCUAUCUAUCUAUCUAUCUAUCUCUCUAUCUAUCUAUCUAUCUAUCUCAAUCAGUUCAUAUCUAUCUAUCUAUCUAUCUAUCUAUCUAUCUCAAUCAGUUCAUAUCUAUCUAUCUAUCUAUCUAUCUAUCUAUCUAUCUAUCUAUCUAUCUAUCACGGUCUGUUCAAAUCUAUCUAUCUAUCUAUCUAUCUAUCUAUCUAUCUAUCUAUCUAUCUAUCUAUCUAUCUAUCUACCACGUUCAUUAUCUAUCUAUCGAAUCCUGUUCAUAUCUAUCUAUCUAUCUAUCUAUCUAUCUAUCUAUCUAUCUAUCUAUCUAUCUAUCUAUCUAUCUAUCUAAUCCUGUUCAUAUCUAUCUAUCUAUCUAUCUAUCUAUCUAUCUAUCUAUCUAUCCCAACUCUAUCUAUCUAUCUAUCUAUCUAUCUAUCUAUCUAUCUAUCUAUCUAUACCAUUCUUUUCCUAUCUAUCUAUCUAUCUAUGUAUCUAUCUAUCUAUCUAUCUAUCUAUCUAUCUAUCUAUCUAUCUAUCUCAUUCUUUGCCUAUCUAUCUAUCUAUCUAUCUAUCUAUCUAUCUAUCUAUCUAUCUAUCUCAGUCUGUUCCUAUAUAUCUAUCUAUUUAUCUAUCUAAUUCUGAUCAUAUCUUUCUAUAUAUCUAUCUAUUUUAUUCUCUUCAUAUCUUACGAUCUGUCACUUCUUCUCAACACACGAAUUUCUUUCUUGAAGAAAGAUUUUAUUGAGUAUAGAAUAAGUAUAAGUUUGAUGAAGUAUUUCUUCUUCUUCUUCUUCUUCUUCUUCUUCUUCUUCUUCUUCUAUUGGUCGCGUAGCCCUGGAAAUCAUUCACUUUCAGCUACUUUUUAG